AUGGCUACUGUCUCUGUUCUCAAGAGUUCGACCGUGACGGUCAAGAGCUCCAAGGGUACCAAAAUAAUCACGCGCCAGAAAUUGCGCAAGUACUCCUGGCUCCCUGACGUGCUCAGAGUCAAAGGAAGCAUUGUACCGCGUAUUAUUGGUCCCGUCUUGACCGUCACGAUCUUCGCGGCUGGCGCUGCCUAUGUCUGGUCCAAAGGAUACGAUGUCUCCCUUACAAACUCUGUCGUCCCGUUGUUAUCUGUCGUCAAACGGGUGAGAUCUACGCACCACCUCCUGAGCGUCACCUUUUCUGAAACUCGGGUUAGCACCUCUUACGAUCGAUACUAUGAGGGCCGCAAAGACUUUGGCACCAUGGUCUCGCAUAUCCGCAACCUCACGCGCCUCAUCUGGAUCAACGUCUCCAACCCGCCCCCCGACGACGCCGCCAAAGCCAAGACGCCCUCCGCGAACCUAACGCCCACCCAGCUCCGCCGGCGCAAAGUCGAGACCAUCAAGCUCUGCAUCGCAUUCGCCUACGCGACCAAGCACUACCUCCGCGGUGAGGAUGGCCUCGACUGGGAGGACUACGCCGGCAUCCUCCCCGCGUCCGCCGCCCGCCUCGCGCGUGGGGCGUACGCCCCUGCGAACAAGGACUACCGCUACCGCGACGGCGGCGCCCCGACGAAGUCGCCCUCCGCGUACACCUCGUAUGCCGCGACGGACUUCACGAGCCGGCGCGAGAGCGGGGAAAACACGGGCGCAAGCACGCCUGGGCUCGAGGUGGACGUCGAGCGCGGACGGGUGCGCGACACCUCGGCGGACGCGACGAAGCGCAUUCGCGUGAAGCGCAGCAAGGACCGCCUGAAAGCAGCAGGAAAGACCGCGGCGACGCCGCUGAUGAGCUCGCUGCAGCACACGAUUGACUUCAGCACGGACCCGGACGCGCUAUCGACGCCGUUGCCCAUGGUACUUGCACACGAGCUCUCUCGCGCGCUGUUCAAGUUCAGACGGGACGGCUACCUGGAGACCGUCGGGCCCGCCGGUGUGAACGCAAUGAACACCCUGAUCCAAGGCAUGCUCGACAUGAUGACAUGCAUGGAGCGCGUCGCGAACACGCCGAUUCCGCGCUCAUACAGUAUCCACCUCAAGCAGUGCGUCUCGCUGUACCUCUUCGUGCUGCCCUUCGUGCUCGUCAAGGAGCUCGGGUGGGGCAUGGUCCCUGUCGUGACCGUUGUCGCCUUCACGCUCAUGGGCAUCGAGGGCAUCGCGGACGAGAUCGAGAUGCCGUUCGGGCUGGACAAGUCGGACCUUCCGUUAGAACGCUACUGCGAAGACCUCAAGGAAGAAAUCGAGUUCAUGGUCGAGAAGCUGCCCGAAGGCGGGGAAGGCAUGUACGGAUACGACGACGGCGAAGGGGAUGACUAG